UUUUGCUGCCCUGCCUCUGCCUGUCGCUGAAUAGCACUGUUGUGCGUGCACAUGUGACUACAGAAGGCGCUUACUGGUAUUUAAAAAUCAUCGAUCGGGUGCUGAAGUGGACAGCUCCUCAUGCAGAUAAAACAAACCAAAACAACAAUGGCUCGCGUUGCUCCUCGCGGACGCUGAAUGGCGAACCUAACUUGUCCGACAGCUCAUUUUCUUUGAACAUUUUUUUAAGCUGCUGAAGAGAAAAGGCGCCGAGCUCUCUACGCAAACGGUUAGGCGGAUGUUGUGACACCUGUGGCUGAAUCGGGAUCGCAAUUUCAUAAAAGGGUGGUUGGAUUGUUUCACGUUCGCAUCCGUCCUGCAGGAGACGGGCUGCGGAGCCGUAUGAUCUCGUGUGGGAAAACACAAAGGUAAUCUAAAGCCUUUUAGGCUACGGGGGCAUUAAUUUCUAAGCCACUCUCUGUAUCUGCUUGCACAGGAAGGAGCAUGGAUAGAGAGGAAUUUUCUCUCACCAGCGCGUUGAGUGGAUUUGGAGAGCGGCUGGUGAGCUCCCGUGGAAACUAAACCGAGGUCAGUGGCUAAAGCAUUGUUCGAAUAAGCGCGCUGUUUGCAGCUCCCCCUUUUUAAUCAUUUCAUAUUUUCUAAGAAGGAUAUAGAUUUUUUUUUAUCAGUCAUGGGGAAAGAGGAAUGCAAAACAAUGCUGGACGCUUUGAACAAAGUGACCGCCUGCUACAGGCAUUUGGUCAUCGCUCUUGGGAGCACUUCGGACUCGCAAAACCUGCGAGAGGAGCUGAAGAAGACCCGCAAAAAGGCCCAGGAGCUGGCGGUGGCCAACAGGACUAAACUGACUUCUUUGCUCAAAGAUAAGACCAUCAGCAAAGAGGAUCGGGCCGAGUACGAGCGCCUGUGGGUGCUGUUCUCUAGUUGCAUGGAGCUUCUUGAGGUGGACAUGAAAAGGUCCUUAGAGAUAGCACAGGAUUUCCCCCUCAAGGUGCCCACAAGACACCUCAUCCAGACAGGGAUGACCGGCAGCACCACCACGGUGGCGGCCCGGGCCAUGAGCGUGCAGAAUAUGAAGUACGAGGCGGACAGCAAUAUCGACACGGCAGACCUCAGAGACCUACAGGCCGAGAUCACCCAGGUGAGCCAGAUGAUGGAAGAAAUGGAGAUGAAGGUGCAGGUGGCGCCGUGGGCCGUGGAGGCGAAGCAGGAGGCAGGCGCUGAGCUCAAGUCCAACAUGAGUGUAGGGAAUUCCUCAGUGGGUGUCAUCUCGAUCUGCGAAGAAGAGCCCAAAGAAGAAGAAGGUGGCGGAGGGAGCAGGGAGACUGGUUUUGCGUCAAUCUGCGCUGUGAUUGGAUUCUUUGUCAUCGUUAUAGUCGCCUUGGUUCUAGGCUAUUUGGUCGUCAAUAUGUGAACUGUCUAACCAAAAGCCCACCCUGAUGGACAUCCUGUGAAGCUGCCCAGGGAGCGGUAAGACUCUGCAGGCCCAUAAGAAAGAGAAAGAGCGUCUUUUUGGGCUUGAAAAAUAUUGUGGACACAGAAAAGUUAUUAAGCUUUCCUUGAUUUGUGAAUGUAUUUGGCAGAGACGAGAAAUUGCACUAGAUAAGCUAAAAUGUACUAGAACAAUAUAGCCAAAGUGUGAAAAUAAUGGGAGUGAGGUAGAAAAAGUAUGUUUGGGGGGGAGGGCCAGUGGACCAUUUAUUUUUGGAAGAGGGUGGGAAAAAAGGUCAUAAAAUUACGUGACAGAGUCUAGCCAUCAGGAUGAUAUAAACAACACGUAAUCCAAGUGGAUUAGUGGAAAAGCUCAAGCAGAAAUGUAGCCUACGGUUAACUAUUCUCAUGAUGUUCUGUGGAUUGAUGCUUUGCAUCCAGAAAAGUUAAAUCUGCUCAAACAAACAGGGGGGCAUCUAAAAAACGGUUGUCUUAUUGAAACUAUAGUGGAAGCCAGCACAGUUAAUCUCUGCUCGUCAAACCACACUGGUCGGAUGUUAUCAAAUCUGCACUCUUCUACACUCCUUUCAGUACCGUUUUAAUGCGUCAUAAUAAUCUGUAUAGCCAGAUUGCAAUAGGCCUGCAUCUUACUUUACCGCAUCAAAUCACAAUGUGCUUGAUGAGAGCCUUGGGACCGAAGAGAUGUUCACAGUCUUUUAAUAACGCACCCAUUCACUGUAAGCCUGCUCAUGUUCCUUUUCAGGGUUUUCUUGCACAGUGUUGAAUGUACAUUGCAACAUGAAUAGAAGGUUUGUAUAUACUGCUGUUUCCGAAAAUGUACAUACGAUCAAGUAUAUUUAUUAUAAUAAAACUUCGAAACACACUUGAAAAUGUGCUUGCAGUUUGAUAGGUGCUUUACAAACAUGACCAGGCAUGCUUGUAAGGUCACUUUGUCUGAAGGUGUGGUAAGUUGUGUACCAGUCCAGGCCUAGUUUGUAAUCACUGCAAACCUAAGCUAGAGAUCUAUACAUCUAACACACAUAGAGAUGUUUUAAGAAGGGAAUUAACCACUUAACCACCUUAGGUUUAAAAUAGUACUUAAUUUAAAUGGAAAGUAGACUAUGCUUAAAUCCCUAAUAGUUUUACAUCUAAGAGCCUUUAAGGGUAUUCCUGGACUGGCAUCCAGUUGAACUGGAAGCAGUCAGAGUCAAAGUUUCCACCCAAGUGGUUGUUAGUUAAGGGUAGAUGCACACUAAGACAGUUUUCUUUAGCCCAACAUGAAUAUAAAUGCAAGUUAGUUAUUAAUUUUCAGAACAGAAACAAGUGCUGCUCCAGAAAUAUUUUCAAGUCACAUGCUUUAGUACAUUAGGCUAAAAACAAAAACCUUAACAUAUAGAGAGAUAAUGCAUCUAAUGCUUGUCAAACCACCCUAAAAUUCAUAAAAUAGAAUUAUGCAAAGGAUUGAAAACAUCUUCCACUUUUUUUAACUCCACAAAAGUUUGACAAAAAAUGUAAAAAGUCAAAAAGACAAAAGUGCACUUAAAAAAUAAAGAUAGCAAAAUUGUUGGUAUAAGCAUGCAUGUAGAUAUUUUCAGAAAUGUAUAUGUGGGUAAAAAAAUAAUAAUGGUCAUUGAAACUUUGUCAUAAUCUGGGUUUGAAAUCACAGUAAUUUGUACUUUGAUACCUCCAGGCUAAAAUAUCCAGGUAUCACAAAACUUCAUUUCUUACAUAGCCAUAAUGUCUAUGUAAGUGAAAUAGAAAACCAGAUUUAUGCACAAACUCAUUGCAUUUUUGUGUCAGAGUGUUUGUGUGUUAUCAUUAUUAUUCAUUUAAAAAAAAACAUGCCACUUCAUGUAAGUAGGUGUCUGAGUUUCUUUCCCCAACAGGCCACCGUGUUCAUCCUGUGAGUUUCCUCAUCUUCAUUGCAAGUUGGUUAACUUAUGUUCACUAAACGCUCAUUGAUUUCAUAAGUGAAACAACAAACAGUCAUGGAAGUAAUGACUCUGGUCAUCAGUCAAAUCAGCAGGAGGUCCAUUUAGAUUGACAAAAGAGCCAAUUUAACUAAAAAGAAUAAUUCAAGAUAAAUAUUUACACUUGUAUCAUUAAAAUAACAGUUUGAUGCAAAUUCUAAAAGCAAAUUCUGAAAAGCUGCACAUCACAUGAGCCCUGAAAGGACCCUAAUGAUCAGCUUCUUCACUAUUAAGGAGGUCCUCUUGUACUAAUUGUAUAUGGUAAGUGGACCCAUGGCAUUUGAAGUCAAUUGAGUCUUAGGCUGAAUGUAGUUAUCUCACAUGUUUAAAUGCAAUUACAGUACAUCCACAUUCCUGUUCGAAGCAGAGGCUCCUUCCUUUACAUAUAUAUAUGUGUGUAUAUAUAUAUAUGAACUAUAUGUAAAACAUUGUAAAGGUAUUCAAGUUUCAGAUUCAUUUCCUGUUUCCAGGAAAUGAAUCUCUCUCUCUUCUCCACCUCUCAAUACAGAAAUUCUGUGGAGAAACAUUUAAAAAAGAAACUAGUAUAAUAGAGUAAACAAAGUAGAUAAAAUGCAAGAUAUUUAAUCUUCUAACAAAAAAGCUGAAAGCAUUCUUUGGCAAGACUUCGAUGUGUGAAAAUCAGUGGCAUGCUCUACUCACAUCUGAUUCACAGUAGGCUUUCUGACAUCUUGUUUAUCGUUGCUGUCAUUUCACAGAGGCACUAUGCUCUUCUAACAGUGAGUCAUGGACCUUGAAUCUCUCGAAACUUAUGACAGAUUUACAUUGUCAUCCGGAAAUCUAAAAAUAUAAAAGCGAUUAAUUAAACAUGAGGAUGAGAGGGAGGAGAUUUAAGUAGAGAAUGAGAUGAAGCAUCCUCAAAUGCUGCCCUUUAAAAUUUGUUCCACUCACUUCCAGAGGAAGAGGAGCAUUUAUGCAACAUGCAACUCAGAGACUGUUUCAUGUGUCUUUUAAAUUGCUUUUUAAAAAAUUUCAGUUAUGCAAGAUGUUCCUGAAAAUAGCCACAGCAUCAAAUAUUUAGAGUGCUCCAUCACUCACCUUUACAGGUGAGUAAAUCAGGUUUCUCAACAGCUGUUUGGAGGUAUUUUAUUUUAACAUAUGCACAACAAACCAUGUAUUUGCUUAAUUCGCUCGCUUGGAAACAAGCACACUAAGCAGACUGGUUCACAAAGAGGUGAGCUACACACUUGGCAGACACAGACCACUGCAUCAUCACUUCAUCUGGACUUAGAUGGUGGGUUUUCAAGGCUGUGAGUUGCCAUAGAAACCCUUAACAUACUCCGCAAACAGCACAGAAGGUUCAGCAGCGUUAUUUCAACUCACCCGCUUUCUGCCACCACCAUCCUACACACACGGCACUCUGAAGCAGUAAGAGAUGAGGUGUGAGGACAGGGGAGGGCAAAAGGGGACAGAAGCUCUGCAUCUUUUAUCAAGCUGACAGGUAAAAUAUGUCAGAAAGAUGAAAACCAGACUGAGGGCUGCUGACUCGCUUCAGUGUGUCUCUUCAUUUUUUUUUCUGGGAGAAAUGUUUUCGUCAGAUCAGAGUGACAUUAAAGUACUUUUUCUGAUGAACACAGGUGACAUUAUGACAGCAUAUUUGGAUCUAUCUCUUGUGCUGGUUCAGCCCCUUCCCACUUGUUCUAGUCGUCUCAGCAGUCCAGCAGACGGUGGUCUGUCACAUUUAAAGUGCACUUUGUGUUUUUGAGAGCCGAUACCAAAAACAGUUAUGAAAAAAAAAUCCUGUCUUAAAAUACUGUACUGGAGAAAUGUGUGAGACAAGGCUAUGGGUACGUUGAGCCACCACCAGUUUUCCGGCCCGAAAAACAGGUGGUUUUUCGGUUCUUUCUUACUACAGAAGAAAGAACAUUAUAAAUAAAGUUGUAAUAUACUUUAUUUACAUUUUAAAUUUUGAGUGUGAAUUAGUGAAAUUGUACCUCUGAAUUGCACCUUUUCUAAAAAGGUGACUGGUGCAUAAU